AUGGGCAAACAAAUGCCAGCCAAAAAGCGGGUGGUUAGCAAUGAGAAUAGCGAGAUCAAAGCUGACCAAGCGGAGCUUGCGCAACAGAACGCCUGUGAACGCUUCGAACUGAUCUCCGAGAAAGCAAAAGAGGAACUGGCGACGUUCGGCCAGCGUCGCGUCGCCCACUUCCGUAAGAACCUCGUGGGGCUGGCAGAACUGCAGCUGAAACAUGCUAAGGCGCAGCUGCUGCUGCUCAACACCUGUAUACAGACGUUGUCUGACUCCAGUACAUCUGCUGCUACAUUCAAUACAGCUGCUACACAUGUGUAGUGAGCCCCUACAGCUGCAGAACAUCUACAGCUGCAGAACAUCUACAGCUGCAGAACUCCUGUAUUCUGCCUGAAUAUCUACAAGUAACGCCUGUAUUCUGCCUGAAUAUCUACAAGUAACGCCUGUAUUCUGCCGGAAUAU